AGCAAUGUCACGUGACGCGAGAAUGUGCGAGAUCUUGAGGUAACCGCCAUUUGAGCGCCAUUUUUGACAGUGAUUGUUGUGAACUCUGCGAAAUUUUGACGGAAAUUUCACGAAAUCAGCCGUCCAGAGAUGUAUAUCAAGGAAAUCGUGAUCGAUGGCUUCAAGUCGUACGCCCAGCGGACGGUUGUGAGCGGAUUUGACCCGCUGUUCAACGCUAUCACCGGUCUGAACGGGAGCGGCAAGUCCAACAUUCUCGACUCCAUCUGUUUUCUGCUGGGCAUCUCCAACCUUUCUCAGGUGCGUGCAGGCAGCCUUCAGGAGCUGGUCUACAAGAGCGGCCAGGCCGGCGUAACCAAGGCAACCGUCACCAUAACCUUCGACAACACCGACAAGAAGCAGAGCCCUGUGGGAUACGAGUCGUACGAUGAGAUCACCGUCUCCAGACAGGUUGUGAUUGGUGGGCGUAACAAGUACCUGAUCAACGGCAGCAAUGCCAGCAACACCCGAGUGCAGGACCUCUUCCACUCUGUGGGCCUCAACAUCAACAACCCUCACUUUCUCAUCAUGCAGGGACGCAUCACGAAGGUGCUGAACAUGAAGCCGCCCGAGAUCCUGUCCAUGAUCGAGGAGGCUGCCGGGACCAGGAUGUACGAGAGUAAGAAACAGUCGGCCCAGAAAACUAUCGAGAAGAAGGAUGCCAAACUCACUGAGAUCAACACUAUUCUUGAGGAAGAAAUCAGUCCAACUCUAACUCGGUUGAAAGAGGAGCGCUCCAACUACCUUGAGUAUCAGAAGGUCCUGCGUGAGAUUGAGCACCUGUCACGCCUGCACGUGGCCUACCAGUUCUUCUGUGCAGAGGAAACUCAGAAGCGUUCUGCUGAGGAGCUGGCUGAGAUCACAGACAACAUCAAACAGUUCCAGCUGAGGCAGCAAGAAAUUGACCAGAAGAUUGCCAAAAUCAACGAAGCAGUCCUGGAACUGGAGAAGAAAAGGGACGAGGAAACAGGCGGACAGAUCCAGACCCUGGAAACUCGCCUGAGUGAGGAGCAGAAGGCUGAUGCUAAAGCCCAGAGCAGCCUGGACAAUAAGAAGGAGACCCUCAACUCAGAGAAGAAGAAGAAAAAAGACAUCACCAAAAGCAUUGAUGAGGACCAUGCAGCACUGAAAACAAAGGAUAAGGAAGUUGAGAAGUUAGCAGCUGCCCAACAGAAGUUGGAGCAGCAGGCUAAGGAAGACUCAGACGCUCACACGGCUGCACAGAAACACUUCCAGGCCGUGUCUGCAGGGCUGAGCAGUAAUGAUGAAGGGGAGGACGCUACACUGGCGGAGCAGAUGAUGGCUGCAAAGAAUGAAAUCAGCAAGGUGGACACAGAUACCAAGCAAGCGCAGAUGAAACUAAAGCAUGCAGAGGAGGAAGUGAAGAAGAAACGUGCUGAGUUGAAGAAAACAGAAAAGAGUUAUGAGAAGGACAAGACAGCUUACGAAGCCAUUCAGAAGAACCAAGAGAAACUAGAGGCUGAAAUGAAGAAGCUUGGUUAUGAGGAUGGGAAAGAGGAGCGUCUCCUAGAGCAGAAACGAGGGUUACAGGAGAGCGUGUCUAACCUACAGGAGAAGGUGGAGACACUCAAGGCCAGGUUCCCCAACCUUGACUUUGAGUACCGUGACCCUGAGAAGAACUGGGACCGCAGCAGGGUCAAAGGUCUCGUGGCACAGCUGAUCUCCGUCAAGGACGUCAAACAUGCCAUGGCUCUGGAGGUCACCGCUGGGAAUAAGUUGUACAAUGUUGUAGUGGACAGUGAGGUGACCGGUAAGAAGAUUCUAGACAAGGGUCAGCUGAAGCGGCGCUUCACCAUCAUCCCCCUCAACAAGAUCAGCGGCCGCGUCGUUUCUAACGACGCUGUCAGGCAAGCACAGAACCUGGUCGGCAAGGAUAACGCCAACGUUGCCCUGUCCCUGGUUGGUUAUGAAGACGAGGUCAAAGCUGCCGUCAGCUACGUUUUUGGCUCCACGCUUGUCUGUGACACUUUGGACAACGCCAAGAAGGUGACUUUUGACAAGAAGGUGAUGACUCGAUCAGUGACCCUCGAUGGAGACGUGUUUGAACCAUCCGGCAUGCUGUCUGGAGGUGCCCGUCAGAAGACAGAGUCCAUCCUGGCUAAGCUGAAUGAGUACAAGUCUGCUACAGAGGAGUUACAGGAGAAACAGCAGCAGCUGGCAGCUGUGGAGAAGGAACUGCAGGGGCUCAAGAAAGUGGUGGACAAGUACCGAGGUCUGAAGGAACAGUAUGAUAUGAAGUCACACGAGGCUGAGCUGCUUAAAACACGUCUGGAGCAGAGCACCCACCACAAGCAACUGGAGGAUAUCCAGGGCUUGGAGAAGACCAUUGAGGAGGGAAAAGAGGUCCUUGCGGGAGCAAAAGAUCGUCAGAAGAAAGCUGCCGACAAGGUGAAGGAGCUGGAGAAAAAGAUGAAGGAGGCCCAGCAACAUCGGGAGAAAGAACUGAAGGAGGCAGAGAAGAAUGUGGGCAAGGCAAAGGAGAAGGCUGAAAAGUCCUCCAAACAGAUGAGAGAGAAAGGGCAGGAACUAGAAGCAGUGAAGCUGGAGGGAGAAGAGUUGAAGAAGGAAAUAGCUGGUUAUGAAGAACAGAUGAAGGCAGUGGACCAGGCCAUCGCUGGGUACGAGGAGCAAGUCGAAGAACUCAAGAAGAAGGCAGCAGAGACAAAGAAAUCUGUGGAGGCUGCCCAGACGGAGCUUAACAAAGCCCGGGAGGUGCUCAGAGAAUGCAACAAGGAGAUUAACGAGAGGAACAAGGAGACAAAAGAACUGGAGAAGGAGAAGAACGAAGCUCAGCUGAAGAUUCAAGAACUGGAGCACAAGGUCAACAAGCAUAACAAGGACAGCAAGGAUGCUGCAAAAACGGUGGAACACAUGCUGAACAAAUAUGAGUGGAUCGCUUCCGACCGUAAGUUCUUCAACCAGCCCAACACUCCGUAUGACUUCAAGGCCAACAACCCGAAGGAGGCUGGGCGAAGGCUGCAGAAACUGGAGGAGACGAAAGACAAGCUGAGCAAGAACGUCAACAUGAGGGCCAUGAACAUGCUGGGCAAGGCUGAGGAAAAGUACAACGACCUGAUGAAGAGGAAGCGGAUUGUUGAGAACGACAAGGCCAAGAUCCAGACAGUGAUCCAGGAGCUGGAUAAGAAGAAGAACGAGGCACUGAAGAAGGCCUGGGAACAGGUCAACAAGGAUUUUGGUUCCAUCUACUCCACCCUGCUGCCGGGGACUGACGCUAAGUUGGCCCCCCCUGAAGGUCAGACAGUUCUGCAGGGGUUAGAGGUCAAGGUGGCAUUUGGAGACGUCUGGAAGGAGUCUCUGAGUGAGCUUAGCGGUGGGCAGAGGUCGCUGGUAGCCCUGUCCCUGAUCCUGGCCAUGUUGCUGUUCAAACCUGCUCCCAUCUACAUCCUGGAUGAGGUGGAUGCUGCGCUGGAUCUGUCUCACACACAGAACAUCGGCCGUAUGAUCAAGUCUCACUUCAAACACUCUCAGUUCAUUGUGGUGUCACUGAAGGACGGGAUGUUCAACAAUGCCAACGUCCUCUACAAGACCAAGUUCGUGGACGGUGUUUCUACGGUUACCAGGUACGCCCAGGGCAACCCCACCACCCGACCCAUCCAAGCACCCAGCACAGGGGGAGGGGUGCUGGAGGAUGGAAGAGCCAAGAAGAAGAGAAGAGGUGCAGCAGCUGGAGCAAAUGCAUAGAGAAAUUCACGAUGAUAGAUUUAUUUCUGUGAUGUUCAUGUACAAGAUAAACUACUAUGCUGAACAUCUUAUUUUGUACAAAGACAGUCCUGUAGGGUAAGAAAAUUCAUGUGAUCAACUGGCCAUGGGUCCAUUCGUGUGCUACCAGUUAACUUAGUUGACCUUUAUUCGUUGUGUAGCUAUAUUCCUCUAUUUACAAAAACAGGAUAUGCGUAGAAGAAUUCACGAUGAUAAAUUUAUUUUCUGUGAGAGAAAGAUGUUCAUGUACACUACAAGACAAACCAUUGUGGUGGACAUAUUAUUUUGUACAAAGACUCUUGUAGGUUAAGAAUAUCCAUGUGAUCAACUGGGUCCAUUUGUGUGCAACAGUUAACUUUAGUUGACCUUUUUUCGUUGUGUAGCUACAUUCCUUUAUUUACAAAAAUGGGAUAUGCGUAGAAGAAUUCAUGAUGAUAAAUUUAUUUCUGUGAGAGAAAGAUGUUCAUGUACAUGUACAAGACAAAGUACUGUGGUGAACAUCUUAUUUUGUACAAAGACUCCUGUAGGUUAAGAAAAUCCAUGCGAUCAACUGGGUCCAUUUGUGUGCUUAAACCUAUAGUUAUUUAAAUCACACUCUCAUUGUAUGGUGUUGUCAGACCUGAGACUGAUGUAGAAGCAGUAAGAAUAGGUUAGGGGUUUUGUCAGGAAAAACAAGACUCAGUUUAAGAUGAUCUGAAAGACCUCAUUUUUUUCUGUCUUGCCUUGUUUUAUUCCAUUUGAAACUCAUCAUCAUUUGAAAGUGCAGCCCUGAAAUUCUUUUUAUCAACAAAUAACUUUUCCUUCCUUACAUAUACUUCAUGUGCCAAUCAUGUAAUUAGAGAUUCAACAUCUCCAAUUUGAAAACAAGUUUAUGAAUAAGAUAAUUUUCUCAACAAUGUUUUCUUGUUUGUUCAAAACAGACAUCCUUCUCAUCUGUCCUCUGUAAACUCUAUGCUCUUUCUCUUCACUGUCCACAGCAAUGGAAUGUACAUUUUUAAUGGAUCUCUCCAUUUUUUACCCAAACAAUGAAUAAAAUCUUUUGUUACUUUGAA